AUGGAAGAAACCAAGAAACUGCCCAGUGUGAGCGAACGUUUGCAGUUGUUGUUGCUGGAAGCCCAAGAGAACGCAGUCGUGCGUGAAGCCGGUAGUGUGGGUAGUGCUGGUACGGACACUUCGGCGUGGGACGCUGUGAUUAAGACUUUGGAAAAGGAGAAGGUUCCUGCUGCAACGGCAGAGGAUGUGAACUCUUACUACACGUCGUUUGUGCCGCAUCGACCCUACGCAGACUAUUUCGAUUUCGACGGAGGCCAAAUCGAUGUGGAAGAGCCUGUAGCGGCGGACGUCAGCGAACCAGAACAAGAAGAUGAGGAUGAGGAUGGAGAUGAGGGCGAGGAUGAAGAUGUUGAUGAGGAAGAGGAGGAGUCGUCCUCGAAUUACUGCCCGGAAACUGCAGAAGAAUCGGUCCAGCAUGUGCUGGACCGUCUUAACACCUAUAAGAACGAGUUUCGGGAACUUAUAUACAAACUGGACGAGGCGUCAUUGGUUCCAGCGCAAAAUUCGAAGCCAAUUGGAAUCGCCAAACUCGACCAACGGCCUGGAACGGUCAAUUCGAUCGUUUCCAGCAUUUUGGGCACCCUCCAGUCGAUUCAGUCCGACACGGUGAGCCGAAAACGAUCCAGAAAUGAUUACGAGACGCACGUCGACUACGGCAGAACCGCUGCUGGUAUAGCCUUGUCGUUUUCUGCACCAGCACAUGCAUCUUCCCGUGUCAUUCCAGCGCGUGUAGUGGACUCGUCAGCGGUUCCUAACCUCAAGGACGUUGAAGAAGACCCCUGCUACGGACUCACUAAUUUUGGAGUGGUGUUGAUCAAGUCCCCGACCACUGUGGCUCAGCUGUGGAACGAAUACACGAAGCUACCCAGCGAUUGGGCGCUGCCCGACUGGUUCGAGGCCGUAGCCCAGCAACACACGCUCGAGUCCGGUGAGGUUCGCAGUCCAGCACAACUCAUGAAAAGACGCACAUCGAUCCGCGACCUUGAGAAACGGUACGGUUCUUCUUGGAGAAACAACGACAAGAAUUUUUCUAGGCAGGUUAAUCGACGCAAGAAAGUUUGGUUGGCGAUCGAAGAAGGAUUGGAAGACGAUAUUCCUUUGCAAGAGUGUUUUAAAUUAUUGGAAUCGUAUGUGAGAGAGCGGGGCAAGGGUUUGAGUUGGUAUUACAAUGGUGUUCCUUUCAAGCUUAUAGAUAUACGAGGGGGAUGCAGGGACAAUAACGGUUCUCAAGUACAACUGAACAAGUGA